AUGAUCAUGCAAACCUCCUCCUCUAAUGCCAGUAACAUCAUUCCAUCAGGAAUCUACACUCCCAUUCCAACAUUUUUCACCAACCAAAAAGAUGCGGUCGAUUACUCAACAUUGGAAAAGCACGUUAAGAUGCUUGCAGCUUCAAGGAUCACCGGUGUAGUGGUCUCAGGCUCAAUGGGUGAAGGUACCAACUUAACCUUGCAUGAGAGAGUGCGGAGUAUUGAAGUUGCGAGAGGUGCCGUCACUGAUUCAAACUUCAAGAUAAUCGCUGGUGCUGGCCUUGGCUGUGUAGCUGAUAUCGUUGAAGAAUCACAAUUGACUGCCAGCAAAGGCGCUGAUUUCCUCAUGGUUCUUGUCCCUGGAUACUUUGGUCCCAAUUUGGUUAGCCAAGAGGGUAUCAUUGAUUACUUCGAGCAAGUGGCAGACAAGAGUGCACUUCCUUUGAUCAUUUACAACUACCCAAACACAUGCAAUAAUGUCAAUUUGACAUAUGAUACUUUCAAAAAGUUGUCUGAACACCCAAACAUUGUUGGAGUGAAGUUAACUCAUUAUAACUUCGAUAUGUACACGUUGUUGGGACAUGAUCCAACUUUUGAAGCUAACAACUUCAAAUCUUUCACUGGACUCGGACAGGUUCUUGGGCCAGCACUCUCAGUUUCUCUCUUCGGUGCCAUUGAUGGUUUAUCUGGUAUUUUCCCUAAGACAAUGGUUAGAUUGUACGAAUUGUACACUAGUGGAAAGCAGGAGGAGGCUGCCAAAUUGCAAUGGAUGGUAACUAAAGUCGAUUUGAUGGUAACUGAGUUGAAUGUGCUUGGUGUUAAGUAUGCAUUGAACCAGAUUUACGACUUAGGUGAAAAAUUAGAAGGCCGUGCUCCUCUCAGUAAGCCUGUUAACAUCAGCAUCUACGACUCCUAUACAGAAGACAUACUGAAGUUGCGAGAGUACGAAAAUUCCAUCUAG